UUCCGGGUGUAGGCCGAGCCUGGUUCUGUGACGGACAGGGACUGGAAACGGGGACUGUGAGCGGGAGCGGCACGGUCAGCGGCCCCGGCACCCCACGAUCAAACAGCGGUGGAGGGGGAGGAGGGCGGAUAGAGAGGAGGAAAAACCGGGCCUCCACCUCCUCCCCAGAGCGACGCCCGGAGGCCAAGCGGCAGUGGUGGAGGAGGAGGGUGAGUCUUGACAGAGGAGGGGGCUGAGCCCCGGGGAGUGGCGCCCAAACUCGAGGUUCUCUGCGAGGGGCUGGGAACCCCGCCGUAGGCUGGAGGAGCGGGAGAUCCCGUGUCGGAGCACUUCAACCCUGACCGUAGCCAACCAUCGAUAUCCGAGGGCCUAAAAUAGACCCUGAGGCCCAGGUUUGGGGAAUAGACCGCUCACUAGGCCUGGAAUACAGGCGGCUUCCCGGGGCCUGGCGGCGAAGCGGGUCUGACAGGCCUGACGGGAUCUGGCGUUGGAAAAAGCCGGGAAAGGCUGAGGGGAAGUGAUACUGGAGCGGCGGACCAAGAAUAAGCCUACUUCCUCCAAUCAAGUGAACCAAUUGACUAGGAAUUUCCUGCAGUGUGGCUUCUCUUUUGGGAGUGAAACAACUAUUGUGUGGAUUACAAACUAAAUUGGUACCUGGUAGAGGAGUGAUUGAGCACAAUGACGUCAGAGCUGGAGAGCAGCCUGACGUCCAUGGAUUGGCUGCCACAGUUGACGAUGAGGGCAGCCAUUCAGAAAGCAGAUGCUGCCCAGAAUGUGGCUGGUGGUGGGAUUGCAAAGAAAACCCCACUUUUGGACCCAAAUACUACCCUGGACCAGGAUGCACAAAACAAAGAUGGCAAGCCACCAUACAGUUAUGCCAGCCUCAUUACUUUUGCUAUCAACAGCUCUCCAAAAAAGAAGAUGACUCUCAGUGAGAUCUAUCAGUGGAUAUGUGACAACUUUCCAUAUUAUAGAGAAGCUGGCAGUGGCUGGAAGAAUUCUAUUCGACACAAUUUAUCAUUAAAUAAAUGUUUCCUGAAAGUGCCUCGGUCCAAGGAUGAUCCAGGCAAGGGUUCCUACUGGGCCAUUGACACUAAUCCAAAGGAGGAUACACUGCCCACACGGCCAAAGAAGAGGCCGCGAUCAGGAGAAAGGGCUUCAACACCUUACAGCCUGGAUUCCGAGCCUUUAGGAAUGGACUGCAUCAUCUCUGGAAGUGCCUCUCCAACCUUGGCAAUUAACACUGUGACUAACAAAGUAACACUGUAUAAUGCGGAUCAGGAUGGAAGUGAUAGCCCUCGCAGCAGCCUUAACAACAGCCUGUCUGAUACAAGUCUAGCCUCUGUCAACCUGAAUAACGUUGGUUCUGUCCACAACUACGCACAGGUGACAAACCGGGCCGAUUCAGUUCCCCAGAGUCUAACACCGCAACAACAGCAAUAUAACAUGCCUGAGAGGGACACAAAGCCACCCUUCUCAGAGUACAACUUUGAAGAUCUGAGUGCCUCCUUCCGUAGCCUUUAUAAAUCGGUCUUUGAGCAGUCCCUCAGCCAGCAGGGAAUGAUUAAUCUGCCUUCUGAGGCAUCACAGCCAACGCACACGUCCUGUUCCUACCAGCAUUCUCCCAGCAGUACUGUCAGCACCCAUCCGCACAGUGGACAGAACAGCCUGGCCAACAGCCACGCCAGCAGCCUCGGAGGCGGUGGAGGAGGGACACAGGUGCAACUGGCACAACAUCAGAUCCACGCACAACACGCUCAUCACCAGCACCAUCAGCACCAACAUCCGCAGCAUCAGCCAAACCAGCAACACCAUCAGCAGCAGCAGCACCACCAUCACCAACAGCAACACUUGGCCUGCAAUAUCGGCAUUCCUUCUGAUUGGUGCAUGAAUCUGGACACUCUGAAGGAGAGUUUCCGUAUUGCUAGCAGUUUCAACUGGUCUGAUGUGGAUCUCUCCCAGUUCCAAGGUCUGAUGGAGAGUAUGAAACAGGCGGAUCUCAAUAACUGGUCACUCGAUCCUGUUCAGUUUGCGGACUUGUGCUCUUCCCUAAACCAGUUCUUCACACAAACUGGUCUGAUCCAGUCACAAGGGAACAUGCAGCCCUCGGUUUGUCACAGCACAAUGCAUUCGCAGAAACCAAACCAGCACAUCAGUACAGGAAGCUUGUACAUUGACUCCAGACAAAACCUUCCUGCUUCAAUGAUGGGGCCCCCUGGGUACCCCCAUCUCCCACCUCUCAGUACCCCAGGACCAGCCAUGACAGCAGGACACCAUGCAGGAAUGAACCAACAGCACAUGAUGUCACCUUCCAGCUUCCAAAUGCACAGACCGAUGUCUCAACAUCACAAUCCUGCAGAUGACAUCCAGGAUGACUUUGACUGGGAUUCCAUUGUCUAACUCUUCUUCCUAAGGACAAGUCUGUUGGAAGCCCUUCCUGUCAGUGUGACUCAGAUGUUCUUUUAGCUUCUUGCUUAUUGUGUUGGCCGCUGCUGGCCACAAUCGCUGGACUGCUGCCUGGACACAGCCCGACCGUGACUGUGCUAGAGAGCUGUACUUCUGGGGGGAGGGGGGGAGAAAACACGCCUUCUGCUUGCAGUCACUACAGAAAUGUGGAAUUACCUGUCGGCCGCUCAGUGGUGGCACAGUGGUAACAAGCAAUGAAGCAUUUUCUAAUUCUGAACAUAAUUUUCUUUUGCUUUUUGUUUUUUUAAAAACUGAAAGGACAUGUGGAGGGUCUGAGUAUCUGAGCAACGCUUAUCUAAGUGAUGUAGCUUAGCUACAAUCUGAGAUUGCGUAGGAUGGUACUAUGUAGUGCAGAGUUUCUCUCCUGUGUGUGACUUCAUUUGGGGCAGCGUUCCAGUAGGGGGGAACAAACACUGAUAGGGGUCAAGGAAGCUGGCUUCUAGAUGGCCUUUCCUGGAGUAGCCCAGGAAUGUAGUCGUGAGCUGGGAGAGGCAGCUUCUACAAAAUGAGUUUCUUUUGAGACAAUUUUGUCUAUAUAUGGUGCUGCGAAGAAAAACUUUUUUGUUGAAAAUCCAGUUGCUGUACCAGGAUUAGUAUUGAAAUCGAUACUAGGGUACCUGGGGGAAAAUUUUUUACCGCUCCAAAGAUUGCAUCGCUACAGCUUAACUUUGGAUCCCCAGCCUUUGUGCACACAACACCAGCUUCCAAAUCUGAACUGUAGGGGAUUCUUCCCAGAAAUUCUGCCUGGAUGCCUGUUAAUAAGGCUACUACAUCUCAAGAAGGUAGCAUUAUAUUUGGGGUUUGCAGGUAUCAAGUACCAAGUGCUGACAUGGUAUUGGUUAGUACCCUUGAGGGAAGUGUAUUUUGGUAAUGAGAAAAGCAGCCUGUCUCUUGCAUUGAGUGGUAGUGACUGUAAUCAAGAGAAAUCUCCCAAGGUAAACACUCUUUAACAAAUUCUGGUGAGUUUCAUAGUCUCCAAGUCUCACUCAUGCCAUAUUGCAAAGAAAUGGAACACAGAUUGUAGGAUUUGCAAGUAGUGAGAUCUUAUGAAAUAUUGACCAUUGCCUUUCUCUCUCCUUUUUGCCAUCAUGGAAAAGGCUGCAAUGCAGCAUUUCAUUUUUGUGAAGUGCUGCAGGGGAAGCAUGUUAACCAAUUCUGCAUUUGUCAGCUGUGCAUGUUUAGUAGUGGAAAAAUGAGAGUUUCAUAAUAGAAAUUCAGGCCUGCUUUUAAUACCUGUGUUGCAUCUUUUUCGAUUUUGUUUUUAAUUGACAAGGAUGGGAUUUUAAAUAUGCACUUUCUGGAGCAGUGCCUACUUGAUUAUUCCCCCUUUUUUUAAAACAAAUCAAUUUGUUCCUUUAGUUAUGCUGUUGGAUUGCUGUACUGAUGUGUGAAUGCACAGCCUUUCUCAGUGUUUACAAUUUAAAUUGUGAUUCAAGUGAAACCCCUGCUUGAAAUACACUGGGGCUCUCGGGCCAUUCCUGAGUCAUUUGAUGGGUCUUUCCCAGUAGAGCACCUGCUUUUAGUGAUGUGCAGUGUCCUCCUUCAGCUUCUCUUUCCUCUCCGGUUGCCUCGUUUGCAUUUGGGAUUGGAGUUAAGUGGUUGUGUGUUUUUUUGCUGUUAUAUUUUGCAUACAUUCUAAUUUCGGAUUUGAUGGUGUCAAAAUACAUAAGCUCAGUACAUUUAUAAUUGGCUCCUGGGGUUUGCUAGUUACAAUCUAGUUACAGAAAUCCUACACUGAAAAGUUUUGAUUUACUCAACCUCCAUGUAUCUAACAGGGUGGAGAACUUCUGCAGUUCACAAAUACCUGUGCUGUAAGACCACUAGCUAGGCCACUAAGACAUGCAUUUUAUUUGCUCUGAACUGAGAUACCAAAUUGCACGUCAUGUGACAUAUACCAUUGGACAUGAGUCUUGAAUGUUUCCUUCAAUCUUUAGAAGAGCUAUGACUCCUUAGGAGUCAUGGUGAAACAAUUCAUUUCAUAGCAUUUAACAGCAUAUUCCAAGUUUACCAUCGUAAUAAAUUCUGAACAGAGACAAAUUUUACAGCUGUGGCCUAAAACAAAAGGAUUUACAUGCAAAUUGUCUUGUUAGCUAAAUCAUCCCACACAGCAAAAUAAACCAUGCAAUUGUUUGUGCUGCUUGAAUGUCUUGCCAGGGUGCUGACUUUUUCUUUGUCUGUGUUUUCUUGCUAUUUCUAAAUUUCUGUCUUAUUCCAUUUCUGAAACUCCCUGUUUAUAAUGGUUUAAAUACUCUUUGUUUUCAAGAAAGAGAAACACAAUCUGAGGAUUUUGUUUGUUAUACCAUGGCAGUUCUGUAAAUGUUUUUUAACUCUUGCUUCAGCUGCACUGGUUUUCGCCUGCUGCUUUUCCUCUUCAAUGUUUUGCUCCUGUGCAGUGGCAUGAAAGGGGAGCCUUACAUAGAGAGAAACAUUACGGUGCAGUUCAAUGAUUAGGCAUGGGAUUUUUUACUUGGUUUAACCCUCUUGCAUAUGUUAGCUGUUCUGAGGGUUUGCAUUGUUCUGUGUCAGUCACUAAGUAAACCAUACAUGCAUUUUAAAUUCCAUGAGGGUUUUAACUCUACCAUAUCCCAGCUAAUCCAUAGUUUGCUGUCUAUAGAUUUAUAUCUUGUAUAGGUAACCACUAUCCCUUCUAUAUAAUUAAAUUUUAGUUGUGAUUGCUUAAAAGCUUAACCCCUUCCCAAGUGAUUACUGAAUUAGCAGUAAUCAGACAGGAAACUAGAAUGUUAGAGAUGCACAGCAAAUUCAUCAAAAUCUGAGAGAGAAAAAUUAGUUUAUGUUCCAGUUGAGAUCUUCUAUCAGAUUCCUGAUGAAGCUUCUCUUUCUCACACUGAUCUUACUCUGGAUGUUCUGUAUGACCUGUCCUUGUGUUUCACUUGCUGGCCCUUCACAAUGUCGUUCAGAUAUCAUUGCUUUUUACUUGAUUCUCGUACUAAUAUUUAAUGAACUAAACCAAGUAGUUCCUAUAGCAAAAACUACAUUUCCUUGAGCUCCUGCAGCACCAUGGACUGAUUAGUUUAUCCUUAGUAGUGUGUAGGACUGCUUCUGAAAGUGCUGUUUAAUGUUUUUCCAUUGCUACAGAGGUCCACUAUACCUUAUCCAAUUGGGCACCACCUCUGAAUCAAGACAGAAAGUUGGCAGGCUACCUUCUGAUGAGGGCCACCAUAGCUGACUAAUAUUAACCCCUGCUUCCCUGCCAAUGUCUCCACUUUGCACAGGUGCUUGCACUUUGCUACGGACGUUAGUGGAUGGGGAUCAGGUGCAGAAAUCUAUGAUUUUUUUUCAUAGCCUAGGGACACUGAGAGCAGUUGUAGCAUUUUGAUUGCUCCCCCAGAAAGAUCAGCUUAGACUUUAAUGGGGUGGGGGUGCAGGAAUAGUGCUAAACUGAGCCAUUUUUUCAAGUAUGACUGUGACACAGUAUCCAAAAAAUAGCAUUUGAGCCCCAAAUGGAUUUGUGCCUGUACUCUAGUUCUUUAGGAAGGUUACAGAGAUUCCAGUGAAGGUUUAAAACAGACUAAAAGAUGAUACUGCCAGAGUGAACUGUGUAAAAUCCGCUGUAGUAUAGUAAGAUAAUGCUGAAAUGGGGAGGUCAACUGGUGCACUUUUUGUAUUUAAUGAAGUUUCUGGGGAAAACAAUUAAUGUAAAUGUUUGCAUUACAAAGGUCAGUAGACAUCUCCCCUUUUUUUGCUAAUAUAUAAGCUAAAUUUACGGUAUUAAAAAUAUAUUGCACAAAAACUGAUUCAUCCCUUCCUUUAUGCUGCUUGGUCUUGUUCCCUAUAUUGUCAAGUUCAACUACCAUUUUAUUAUUGAAAGACUAAUACUUUACAAGAGAGCGCAGAGAUUAGUGUAGCAAGUCUAAUUAUACCUUCAUUAUAGAACUUGUAUCAGACUGAAGCUUCAAGGAGAUGGCAUUUUUUUUAACAGCUCACUCUGAAAAAACCCUUUGCCAAAGAUUCUUAAGCCAUGACCUGGUUUGUGGAUAAACCUAGGUUGAAAUAUUGCUGUGCACAUUUCACAAUUCAGUCAUUGUUGUUAUCCUGAAUACAUCAAAAUUUUGAUAGAAUGUUUUAUAUCUUGGUGCUGUUCAUAUGCCCAAAAUACACUGCAGGAAAAAGCAACGGCACCAGUCAGUGAAGGAUUGUACAAUGCAGCUCUAGUCUUUAGUAGAAAAUGCUAAUUGCCUUUGUGAGUAUGCUAUUGCAAAGCAAACACUGGUUAAUUUCCAAAAGUUUAACACUUAGUUAAUACUUCACCACUAUACCUGUAAUGUAAGUUUAUUACAGAUUUUGCAUCUAGUCUUUGAAAGUUAGACAGUUAAGAAUAUUUUGCAAGACAAUAGGAGAGGUAUGAGCAGGCACAAAGUUAAUUAUACUGAAAAAGAUUUGUUCAGCUUCUUGUGAAAUUUUAGCCCACUAAGAAUGUUUUUCUUAAUGCUGUGCACUUCAUUUUGAAACACAUUGAACCAGACACAGAAUUCAUGCAUGUAAAUUGAGGGGGUUUUAAUUAUAAAUGAAGCUAACCAGAAUCCUGUUGCCUGCUCCUGCAAAUUGAAGUUCGGGAUUGUUUUCAAGUCUUGGCCAGCAGUGGGUGCUGUGGCUAUGGGUAGCUGUGUAGGCUUGUUCAAAAGAUUUUCUUGGCUCCAUUUCUCCCACAAUUGGAGCCAAAAUCAAUGAAAUAUUAAGCACAAGUUGGCGGCUGCGAAUACCAGCUUGGAAUAAAAACUGAAAUUUAUCGAUAGAGGUGGCAAACAACCGUCACUUUCAGAUGUAGACCUGUGCUAUUUUAAGGAAAUCUUUCUGAAACUAGAAUGAAUUAAUGACUGGUUAUCUAGGCAUAUUUUAAACAUUAGUUUGUACCUAUCAUUUUGUUGUCUCUUCACACUGUUAUUUGGACUCCAUAGUCUAAAUCUUUGACUCUGGCAUUCGAUCUUUCCUUCUAAUAUACAGCAUUGCAAAAUCAAGUCCCUUAGUUCUCAGUUCCUACCUCUAAUUCUGCACUGCCUUUCACACUUUUUUGCUCAGCUGCUCUCCUGCCCACUCCCUGUAAAGUCCUCUGUAAACUAAUGGGCUUUAUCGUUGUUUAGAGGUUAUUUUCUUUAGUAAGCUUCUGAACUUCAGACCCACAAUAAUGGAAAUUCGGUACAAAAACGGUUCCAAUUCUGAAGUAUGCUAAAAUGAGAUUCUUCCCCUCUUCUCUCAUUUUCCCCUCCUGAGCAAAAAAAAAUCCACCACGAACUUGCUUUGCAGUGGAACAGGUACUUUUAAAAGGAAGUUUCCACACACGUCCUGCUUUUGCAGAGCCUGCCAGUAAUCAAAGUAAUUUGCUACUACAGAUUGUCACAUUUGGCUUUUAGAUGAGCGUCAACAGGCCACCUGUGUGAUAGCAGUCAACUUAUGUUGGAUAGCUCAGAUUUCUCCUUGCCCCCUGACUCCAGUUGUCUCAACAUGGGUCCUCUCAUCAGCCUACAAAGUAGUCUAGAAUUUCAAUCUAUAUGUGUUUAGCCAGCUUUGUUUCUUUUGGGAUAAAAGACAGAACACUGAGACAUUGGGUAGUGCCUGAAUUCUAAUCAUAAGAGUCUGUCAUUGACUGGAUCCAUUGUUUACAAAUGUUGGCACAUUUUAAAACCCUACUUUGUCAUUUUUAAAUGAAACUGCAUUAAAAUGAGCAAUGUGUUGUGAGUUUUUUUUAAAGUAUGUUUGUUAAAAUUUAGCUUCCAUGAGGGUGGCUCCAGCUUGAAUGCUGCUGGAUUCUGACUUCCUCCAAUUUAAAGCAAAUCAAACAUGUAGAAUGGAAAACACCUGGCAGUUAAAAGACUGUAGAAUGAGGAAGUGGUCAGUCAUUAUAUCAGUGCUCCAGGUCAGGGCAUAUGGAAGUCACCAAAGUAAAGGGCUAAGCUUUUUUCCUACCCCACGCCUCUCCAUGUAGAACAUACAGAUCCCUUUGGGAAAAUAAAGUCAUCAGAAGUUUUUUCAGUCUGCACUGUUAGGAACUUUUUUAAUGUGGGUAAUGUUGAGUUCUUGCUGUUUCUAAAAAAAAUGCAGAUAGUUUCUCUCGAAAAAGAUCAUCUAAGAAACAGAAGGUGGCAGCACAUAUUUAAGAUGAAUUUUUAAGCUGCACUAUUUAACAGACCUGCCAUAAAGGGCAGCCCUAAUUUGUUAUACAGUAUGUAGGAAUAUAAAUAUUACUGACUACCUUUAAAAGGUGCAUUCUAUUUUUAGUAAAAUAUAAUUAAUCACUGAAAUUGAAAAAGAUAUAUAUAGGUUAAUCUAUACCCUUUUAAAAGCAAGCAUUAAAUUGACUGUCAAUGCCAGUGCAGUCUUCCCUUGAGUAGUGAAAAAGAAAUGCAACACUGUGGUUGGAUGACAGCAGUGGUAUCAAAGACAAAUACAGGAACCUGAUUAUAGACGAGCAAAGUUUCAAGACCUGUCACUGAGACUUAAUUGCCUCAGUUGGGAAAUUUUGGACAUUUCACAAGUAGAUAACCAGGUGGAUUAGCAUUGAUGUUGGAAGGGAAAGGAUGACAUUCAGUCAGCUGCCAAGCCAUGAUUAUAUAUGUGGUAGCAAAUGGGCCAUCAAGUAGGAAAGCAACAGGGAGCAAAUUGUCAUUUCAGACUUUUGAGUCACUGAAAAUUUAUGAUCUGGGAGAGACAUUCUGCACAGAAACCAUUUAAAUAAUGGCUUGAGUGCAGACUUGGAGAGAAGCUCCAAAUGUUCAUUUUCACAGAACAAUGAAGUAAAUUGUAAAGAAAACAUUUGUUAUAUUUGCCAUUAACAAUUAGCAGAAUCACUACAUUAGUGAUUCUUGCUGCUUUUGAAUAGCACACCUUUAUAAACAGCAAGGGGGCUGCUGGAGAAGGAUGUUUGUGCUGUGCUUAAGCUCAUGGUUAGGUACACUUCAAACAAUGAUUCACUUUAUAGUGCAGUUGGUAUAAGCUGGGAUCUGACUCCAUUGACUGGAGUGGGACAGGCCCCAGUCUUGUCAUGACCUCUUUGCACUUGAGUUGAAUCUUUCAGAAAGCGUUAGUUUGAUUCCUUUGUUCCAAAAAUCCUGAUGAAUAACUUUUGUUUAUAUCCUGUUGACCUGUUGUAUAUUUAAUUUUUUAAAAGUCUUUAUUGCUUGGAAGUAAAUAAUUCAAUUUGGAGUCAGCAGCACUAACUUUGUGUUCAAGACUCGCUGGAACCCACCAAGGGUUUGUAUUGCGACGACAGAGGCUUAUAAGCCCUCUGAGGAUUUUCUUUUACUUUUUCUGUUUAUUGAAAUUUUUUAAAAGUUGGUAUCCAUUUCUGACAGCAAUGGGACAGCUUCUUGUAAAAACAAAACCAGUGUAUUUUUUAAUUCCAAAUUGAUUUUCAUAAUUAACUGAAAGACUGGGCUAACAAUUGUUUUCUUUGAGGCUUCUUGGAACAGGAGUCCAAAACCCUUUGGAAUUGGCUUAUUUCUCCUUGUAUACACUGCCUUUUGUCUCAAUAUGAUAGCUCUCUGUCUUUUGCAGUAAAGAGGACACUUUGGCAGUUUCUGAACACAGGCUACAAGCAGGAGGAAGAUUAACCUCUUUCUAACGUAACAAAAGCAGUACUGGCUUUUGUGGCACAUUUUAAACAAAAACAAAUAAACGAGUGUUGUGGUGUUCAUGUGCUUAAUUGUAAAUAUAUUGUUUGUCUUUGAAAUUGUCCUUUUAUUUUCUGGGGUGGGAAAGAGGACGGGGAGAGAACCAGGGUUUUAUUCUAUAAAGGAAUACAGAGUAUUUUGAUAUUGUGCAUUCCAAGGGUGAUGUGUAUAUAUCUAUGAUGUAUAUAGUGAUGAAAUCAUUAUCAUUUUGUGCAACACCAGCUUUUCUCUGUACUGCUGUUCUACAGUCAGUGUUUCAGUGUUCGUAUUUUUGUUACUGCACGUUUUAUUAAUCCUAGCUAAAACAGAAAUGCACAACUAUCCUUUGUAUGAGUUUACUGCUGUAAAUUACUACCAAAUGUCAUUAGUCGUUGCUGCCAGUCGUGAUAUGCAUGGAUGGCACUUAUAAUAAAUGCUGUAGCUUCA